AUGGCAAGGAUGCCAGAGGUAUCUCAACCAUUUGAAAGGGUUUCUGCUGAUCUGUUAGAUUUGCAAGGCUCUAAUAGUGGAAACAGGUAUGUGCUGAGUAUAAAUGAUCAUCUUACACGAUAUUUGCAACUUAUACCUUUACUUUCUAAAGACGCAGAAACGGUAACAACCGCCUUUAUUCAACAUUAUGUAACUCUUUUUGGACCACCCCGAAUUCUUCAGACCGAUAACGGAUCAGAAUUUACAAAUCUUUUAUUCUCGCAGGCUUGCCAACUUCUGAAGACGAAAACCUCCUUCACGACGGCUUAUCACCCUCAGGCAAACGGCAUGGUUGAACGAAGUAAUAGAGUUGUGAAGGAUGCCCUGGCAACUCUUGCACUUAACACGGCUGUGCACCGAAGUAUAGGGGAGCAGCCCCUGUAUCUCUUGACUGGUCAGCACGCACAAAUCACUAUGAAGAUGGGUCCUGUCGUCUACGAGUGCCAAGAAACCUCCUUCCCUUAUCGCAAGAAGACUUUUCAUGUCAACCAGAUGAAGCCUUAUCUUGCCAGAGAAGAACUAGAGUUUGCUGAUGCUGAUGGUGAGGAUGGUGAGGAAGACUAUGAAUGCGGUGAUUGGGAUGAGCCAGGUGACCCUGGAACGGCUGCUUUGUUGUCAUUUGUUCAAGUUUAA